AUUCAGUAUGCAUAUAUGCACUAGACAAAAAACCAAUUAGAAGAAAUAAUGGACGUUGGGCUCGCACCCACCUCCCCAAUCCAGAAUUGUCCAAGUCACACAUAUUGUCAUAACACGUUCGCGUUAGUUGGCUAUAUAAACCAGCAGUCAUGUCGUCCCUGAUGAGCGCUCAAGGCAAAAGAUUUCUACCGGUUGACACCACCAUCACAACACAAUAUCUCGUCCUGUGUUCAACACAUUCCGCUUAACCCUCAGACCCAACCUUAAGCCCAACUCAGCCAGUUGUGUCAUGUUUCCGGUCUUGUCGCGGCAAAGCACCGCUGGUCUCACCAAACUGGCCCUUCUCGGCGCCUUGGCUCUCAUUCCUUCGAACCAUGCUGCCGCAAUCGCUCCACGAGACGCUCCUAUCAGUGUUAUGGUCGUGGGGGGCUCCAUCUCCCAGGGUCGUCAGGGCGACUACACAUGGCGCUAUCGUAUGUGGGAGUGGUUCACGGAUAAUCACGUCGGCGUCAACUUCGUGGGGCCUUACACGGGUACCUGGGGACCUCUCGGGCCCGAAGCACCAGCGCCACCUCUUUUGUAUGGGGAAUCAGCGCUACCCUCCGCCGCUCUCGCCAACGGGGGCUAUGCCGCCGAUAUUGACAAUGGCUUCCUUUUGAAUACCUCGCAUUUUGCCAUCUGGGGACGCCAGCUUGCUGAAGAUGUCCCCCUCAUCUCGGGCAUGGUGAGUCAGCACUGGCCGGAGUUGCUGCUCGUUGAGCUUGGCUUCAACGACAUUGGCUGGUUCAUAAGCGAUGCUGCGGGAACGUUGACCAACAUGGAGACCUUCAUUUCUUCGGCCCGGGCCGCAAGGUCCGACCUCAAAUUCGCCAUUGCCAACGUCCCCAUGUGCGCACCUUUAUCGGCGGUCGUGACGAUCUCAUCACCAAGACAGAGGCAUACAAUGCGCUGCUAGCGGCAAGCAUCCCCACAUGGAGCACGGCUGAGUCACCCAUCUACCUCGUCGACUUUCGGAUAACUACUCUUGUGAGCCAGAGGGAGGUUGUCCUGCCGGGACUGACGGCCUUCACCCGGACGCCUUGGGAGAAUUCGAGAUCGCGAAAGCGUUCGCGGACACGCUGCACUAUGCCUACGGCCUUGGAAAUGGCCCCCUUUCUAUCCCCGACAACAUCCCUGUCCGGCCAUGCCCCACGCCUUCCAACAUCGCAGCCGUGACUUCAGUGUUGAACUAGCUAAAGCAAUAUAGCUAGGGUCACGUGCUUGCAAUGUAAACCAAGUAAAAC